AUGGCACCAUUUAUACGUCGUGAAGAUAAAGAUGUCGAUCUUUUAAAAAAAUUAUUAAAUACACUCUCCUUUUAUUCUAAAUUUGAAAUCAAUGAUCACACAGGUGUUCCAUUAACAGAUAUUGAAAUGACCGAAGCUCAUUCUCAACAACUACUUCAAUUACAGCAUGUUACAUUCCGUUAUUUUAGAGAUGAUAUUAAAGAAUUACCAUUGGCUAAUUUGAGUUCUAUCGAAACAAGAGAGGGACUCUUAUGGCAUUUAGAACCAUUAUCAGAACAAGUAUUGACUCGUCUAUGUACUAUGCUUAAUAUUCGUAGCGAACCACUUGAUAUCUCUAUUGAUGUUGAUAUAAAAGAUUUUUUGAUAAACGUUCUUAUUGAUAAAUAUCAAAAGAGAGAAAGUCAGAUUGAUAUUAUCAAUAAUCAGCCUCUUUAUCCAGAUGAGGAAGCACUCUUUAAUGAUAGUUUAAUUCAAUCUCACUUUUAUCCCGGCGAUCAUCCCUUGGCUCUACCUAAAUUAAAUCUUCAAUUUUUGACCUUUCAUGAUUACUUUUUAAGAAACUUUACCUUGUUUAAACUUAAGAGUUUUUAUGAAAUUCGUCAAGAUAUUGAAGAUACUGUAAAGCAGCUUCAACCUAGGUUAACAUAUCCUGAUUAUAUAACUGAAUUUGCUGGUUCAGCACGCAUGGCGGUUCCUAUUAGCAGUUUUGGUGUUAUUGAUAUUGGUGAAGCUAAUCUCGGUGAAAAUAAGCCUUCUCGUGUGCGGGCUGAUAUUACUUAUGAUAUUAGUCAGUUUUCGUCUAAUAUUCGUUUUGAAUGGGAUGCUUUACGUAAACAUGAUGUAUUAUUCUUAUUAACUAUUGAAGCACUUGAAAAGUCAUCAGAUCCACUAGAAGCUGAUGAAGACUUUAGAGAACAUUAUGGUAUUAAGCAUAUUCGUGGUUGUGAAAUUGUCGAAGUAAUUGGUAGUGAUGGUCGUCCUAUUGAUGAGUUUUCGAUGAUUACUGCUGAAGAUAGAGCUGGAAAAUUAAAAGGUACACGACGCACGCUUCGUGUAGAACUUGAUCCAAAUCAAUACAAGAUGGAUAUGGAUAAAGUGAAUAACAAAAAGGCAACAGACCCCCAUACAACUUUUAAUAUCCUUGUACGUAGAAGGCCUCAAGAAAAUAAUUUUAAAUCUGUUUUAGAAACUAUUCGUGAUUUGAUGCAAACUCAUUUGAUUGUUCCUAGCUGGUUACAAAAAGUAUUCUUAGGGUAUGGUGACCCUGCUAGUGCUCAUUACACUAAUAUGCCAGAUCGAGAGCAUACUAUUAACUUUUACGACGCAUUAUUAGAUUGGGAUCAUUUCAAGACAAGCUUUGAAACUGGCAAAAAUAUUCAAAUUGCUUCCGGUGAAAAGGAGCCAUUGGACCCACCUUAUGUUGUGACUUUAUUAGAUGAUCCCAUGGAUGAAGAUAGCAAGCCUACAAAGAAAUCUAAAAAAUCCAAAAAAGCAACAGUGGUGGAAUCCAAGUCGGAGACAUAUGAGGUCUCCACUUAUAAGAUACCUAACAUGGGCCCCUAUAAACAAGAUAAUUCUAAAAAGAAUCAAAUUCGUUUUACACCUACUCAAAUUGAAGCCAUUUAUUCGGGUAUGAACAAUGGUUUAACAAUGGCUACUGGUCCUUCUAAUGCAGGUACAACUGAUGUUGCUGUCCAAAUUAUUGCAAAUUUAUAUCGCAACCACCCUGAACAGCGUACAUUAGUUUUAACACACAGUAAUCAUGCCUUAAACCAAAUUGUAGAAAAGAUCCUUGAAUUAGACGUAGAUCCUAGACACAUCCUUCGUCUUGGCCAUGGUGAAAAAGAACUUAAUACAGAAAUUCGAUUUAGUAGAUAUGGUCGUGUUACUGCAGCUUUAGAGAAUCGUAUUACUCUUCUCCAAGAAGUAAGCCGUUUAUCACAAUCACUUGCUGUACCAGGCGAACAUGGAGCAACAUGUGAAACAGCUAAUUAUUUCUUUAACGUACACAUCAUACCUCGUUGGGAGACCUACAUGAAUACGGUAUCUGACGCUGACUCGAUAGAAAAGAUUCGUGAUUUGUUUCCCUUUUCUGAGUACUUUACGAAUACACCUUCACCUAUCUUUACAGACAAAAUGACCCCGGCUGAAGCUAUUGAAUCGGUUAAGGGUUGUUUUAGACAUUUAAGUAACAUGUUUAAGCAACUUGAAGAAAUUCGACCCUUUGAACUUCUGAAGACAGGACAUGAACGAGCCGAUUAUCUAUUGACAAAGGAAUCCAAGAUUGUUGCAAUGACUUGUACAUAUGCUGCUUUAAAGCGACGUGAAUUAGUGGAAAUGAAUUUUAAAUAUGAUAAUAUUAUUUUUGAAGAAUCUGCUCAAAUUUUAGAAGUUGAAACCUUUAUUCCAUUAUUUUUACAAAAGCCUCAAGAUGGUAUGAAUCGAUUGAAACGUGCAGUUAUGAUUGGUGAUAAACAGCAGACACCUCGUACUGAUAAAGAGUCUGCUUUCCAACAAUAUGGUAAUGUAAAGCAGAGUAUGUUUGCACGAUUUAUACGAUUAGGUGUUCCUACUGUGCAAUUGGAAUAA